ACUAAUCUCUCAGGUCCUUAUUUUCAAUUUUAGAAAAACUUCAUUCAGUUCCUAUUUCUUUUAUAAUUGCAUGCAGGACGAGGGCAUAGAAGCUUCCAUGUCCGUUUCCCAGCUUCUGAGAGAAAGCUACUUGGCUGAGACCAGACAUCGGGGAGACAACGAGAGGAGCCGGGCCGAGCCUUCCUCCUCCAACCCCUUCCACUUUGGCAAUCCUUCCAGGGCUGCAGAGGGCGGAGGAGGAGGCCAGGAUGACCUUCCGGAUCUUUCAGCCUUCCUGAGCCAAGAAGAGCUGGAUCAGAGCGUCAACCUGGCCCGGCUGGCCAUCAGUCACGACCCUCUGGAGAAAGGCGACGACGCGAAGGCCAGAAAGCGUCUGUCUGCCGACCCGAUCCGGCCUUCGCCGGCACCGGGCUGUGAGCCCGGCUCGUGCCGCGAUGGGCCCGGCGGCGGCGGCUGCAAAGAGCGUCCCGGGGAGGCGAAGGGGCCCCCGCGCAGCUGCGAAGCGCAGUCCAAGAAGGUGUUCCUGAACAAGGCGGCGGACUUCAUCGAGGAGCUCUCCUCCCUGUUCAAGGCCCACAGCUCCAGGAGGCUCAGGCCUCGGGUCUGCAAGAACCACCGGGGCCAGGGGGAAGCCCGGCACAAAGAGGCGCGGGAAGGCAGCGCGGCCCUCUCCGAGCUGGCCGAGGGUCGCGAGCGGGCCUCGGCGCCCGUCCCCAUCGCGGCCAGCGCGGCCAGCGCGGCCGACGCCAGGGACAACGAGGUCAACCACGCCCUGGAGCGGGCGGCCGGCGAGGCGGCGGCCGGCGAGGACGCCACGCCCGGCUCCUCCCCGUCGUCGUCCUCGCUGUACUUCGAGGAGCCGCUGGGGCAGCCUCCCCGCUUCUCGCAAAAGCUGCGCAGCCGAGAAGUGCCCGAGGGCACGCGGGUCCAGCUGGACUGCAUAGUGGUAGGAAUCCCACCGCCUCAAGUAAGGUGGUACUGUGAAGGCAAGGAGCUUGAAAAUUCCCCAGAUAUUCACAUUGUCCAGGCUGGAAAUCUGCACUCGCUGACCAUUGCAGAAGCCUUUGAGGAGGACACCGGGCGCUAUUCCUGCUUUGCUUCCAACAUCUAUGGGACAGACUCAACUUCCGCUGAGAUUUACAUAGAAGGAGUUUCUUCUUCUGACUCAGAAGGGGACCCUCACAAGGAAGAGAUGAAUCGAGUCCAGAAGCCAAAUGAGGUGCCGCCCCCUCCCACUACCUCUGCAGCCAGUCCUCCAGCCGUGCCCCACACCCAGCGUUUGGCGGCCGAGCCCAGAGUGUCCACCAUCCAGCAGUGUCAGAGUCCUGCCGACUAUUUACAAGGACUGGACGGGAAACCCAUCAUUGCAGCUCCUGUGUUUACAAAGAUGCUACAAAACCUGUCUGCCUCUGAAGGUCAGCUGGUGGUCUUUGAAUGCAGGGUGAAGGGCGCUCCAUCCCCUAAAGUGGAGUGGUACAGAGAAGGGACCUUAAUAGAAGACUCUCCAGAUUUCAGGAUUUUACAGAAAAAACCUCGAUCUAUGGCAGAGCCAGAAGAGAUCUGCACUCUGGUCAUUGCUGAGGUGUUUGCGGAAGAUUCUGGAUGCUUCACAUGCACUGCAAGCAACAAAUACGGCACAGUGUCCAGCAUCGCACAGCUGGACGUGAAAGGCAACGACGACCUGGGCAGCAACGGGGCUCUUCUGGCGGCCGGCCCCACCGGCAGCUUGACGGUGACCGCGGCCCCGCGCGGCCCCGAGCCUGCGAGUGGCGAGCAGCCCCCCAGGCCCAAGCUGGAAGGGGUGCUGGUGAACCACAACGAGCCCCGCUCCAGCUCCAGGGCUGGGCUCCGCGUGCACUUCAACCUCCCCGAGGACGACGCGGAGAGCGCCGCCCGCGCCCGGCCCGACUCCUGCCCCGAGAGGCUCAACGGGCAGGCCAAGGCCCCGGAGCCCUCCUCGCCGGUCAAAGAGCCCCCUCCGGUUCUGGCCAAACCCAAGCUAGACUCCUCUCGGUUACAGCAGCUUCACAACCAAGUGCUCCUGGAGCAGCAGCAGCUGCAGAACUCGUCUCCGCCGUCUCCUAAGGAGCCCCCUUUCAGCGCGGGCGGCUGGAGCCCCGCGGCGCCCCCGGGCCCCCCGGCGGCAGCGCCCGCGUCCAGCAAGCCGGCCCGGGCCCCUCCGUCGCAGGCGCCGGGCCCCGCGCGGCCGAAGCACUUCUUCUCCCCGGGCGGGCCUCCCGCGCCGGGCCUGCCGAGGACCGCGAGCCGGGAGAGCCUCCUGCCCGCCGCCGCCAGGGGCCCCGGCGCCGCCUCCCCGCCCGCCGAGCCCGGCGCCCCGGGCCCCGCCGAGCCCGCGCCGCCGCCCGCGCCCCUCGCCUUCCCCACGCCCGGCGGGAGCCAGUUCCAGCCCCGCUGCGUGUCCCCGACCCCGGUCUCCCCCACCGGCCGGAUCCAGAACCCCGUGGCUUUCCUGAGCUCGGUCCUGCCUUCCCUGCCGGCCGUGCCGCCCACCAACGCCAUGGGGCUGCCCCGGAGCGCGCCGUCCGCACCAUCACAGGGCCUGAUGAAGAAAAACCACAAGCCUCCCCCAGCAGUGAGUGAUGACUACAUCCGGGAAACAAAGAAUGCAGUGAUUCUAGACUUGGGGAAGAAAAUGAGUUUCAAUGACGUUAGGUCAAAUCAGCAGGAGUACAAAAUCUCGAGCUUCGAGCAGAGGCUGAUGAAUGAGAUCGAGUUCCGCCUGGAGCGCACGCCGGUGGACGAGUCGGAUGACGAAAUCCAGCACGCUGAGAUCCCCACGGGCAAGUGUAUCGCCCCCAUCUUCGACAAAAGACUCAAGCACUUCCGGGUCACAGAAGGCUCUCCAGUCACAUUCACCUGCAAGAUUGUUGGGAUUCCUGUUCCAAAGGUUUACUGGUUCAAAGACGGGAAGCAGAUUUCUAAGCGAAACGAGCACUGCAAAAUGAAGCGGGGAGGCGACGGGACAUGCUCCCUGCACAUCGACUCCACCACCAGCGACGACGACGGCAACUACACCAUCAUGGCCGCCAACCCCCAGGGGAGAAUCAGCUGUUCUGGCCACUUGAUGGUACAGAGUUUGCCCAUCCGCAGCCGAUUAACCUCUGCCAGUCAGUCCCACAGGGGAAGGUCCCGGGUUCAAGAGCGAGACAAAGAACCCCUCCAAGAACGCUUCUUCCGACCGCACUUCCUGCAGGCCCCUGGGGAUAUGGUAGCUCACGAGGGGCGCCUGUGCCGGCUGGACUGCAAGGUGAGUGGCUUACCGCCCCCAGAACUCACGUGGCUGCUCAAUGGCCAACCUGUGCUCCCAGAUGCCUCCCACAAGAUGCUGGUCAGGGAGACUGGAGUCCAUUCUCUGCUCAUUGACCCGCUCACCCAGCGCGACGCAGGGACCUAUACAUGUGUGGCCACCAACAAAACCGGGCAGAAUUCUUUCAGUCUGGAACUCACUGUAGUAGCCAAAGAAGUAAAGAGAGCACCUGUGAUCCUGGAGAAGCUGCAGAACAGCGGGGUCCCCGAGGGCCACCCGGUGAGGCUGGAGUGCCGCGUGAUAGGCAUGCCCCCGCCCGUCUUCUACUGGAAGAAGGACAACGAGACCAUUCCUUUCACCAGAGAGAGGAUCAGUAUGCACCAGGACACAACAGGGUAUGUCUGCCUCCUCAUUCAGCCAGCCAAGAAGUCAGACGCUGGUUGGUACACACUGUCAGCCAAGAACGAAGCUGGCAUCGUGUCGUGCACUGCCAGGCUGGAUAUCUAUGCUCAGUGGCACCAGCAGAUCCCAGCGCCCAUGUCCAUCCGGCCCAGCGGCAGCCGCUACGGCUCUCUCACCAGCAAAGGACUUGACAUAUUUUCUGCCUUUUCCUCCGUGGAAAGCACAAUGGUGUACUCAAGCUCUUCGCGGAGCGUGGUGGAGAGCGAUGAACUCUGAGGGUGCGCGGGGUGCCUGCUGUGAGACAGGGCGCCCUGCGGAGGGGGCUGGAAGACAGGCCACAGCCCGUGGCUUCCAAGCGGCUGGAUUUGAGGCGGUUCCCACCCCGCGGGACCUGCAGCAAGAAGGCCUUUGAAUGAGUUGCCUGGGGACUCUGUAGUCUCUGCUGAGGGAAAGCUGUAGGGCUGGGCUUCUUGAACACUCCAGCCAAAGUAUGAGCAGACAGCACAGUGAACCAAAGAUGCCACACCACUGCCAUCCUCCUCUAGGAGAAAAUUUAGCAUGUCCCCCUCCAUGCCCCUACAUUCUGUUAGGUAUGUUUAAGCAAUUAGGGGCCAUGUGCCUGGGCUGAGAGAAGUUAGACAGAAAUAACCUUAGGCUAUAACUAACUCGUUUCACAGUGCCAAGGGUGAAGGGAAGGAAGUCACCGUCCCCUUUCAUGAAUGACAUCCAAUAGCAGUUGUUCUGGGUGACUUUAUAUGAGGUCGUCUUCCACUUAGCACUAGGCGAACACGUGACACACAUCCUGGGUGCUGAGCCACAUAAUCAGGUGUCCAAGUGUGAGAUGUGACAUAAAAACCACCAGACACCCUAUGUUGCCCGAUGCCCUUAUUCUGUGGCCACAACAGGGCUCUACCAAUGUGUCGACACCACUUUUCUUGGAAAUGGUUGGAUUUUCUUUCUGUCUUUGCAUAUCCUUGGACUCUAGAACUACAGGGUCGUUAAGCCAAUUAGAACUAAACACCUCAUGAGGGCUCACUUUGAACCUGCCGGCUGCAAUUGUCACUUGGAAGAUGUCACUUGGAAAUACCACCUACCGUGCAAAAAGGGCAGGAAGGAAGGGAGAGAUGCACCCCAGGCGAGGGAGGGUUAGAAGAGCAUUGGGUUCUCAGCAUGGUGGGAGAAAGGUUUCCAAAACCUGCAAAAUGAUUUCAGCUCAUUGAUGAAAUUGCUUUUCCCACAUAAAAAAUGCAAUUCUGAACUGGGCAUGGUGGCACACGCCUUUAAUCCCAGCACGCAGGAAGCAGGGGUAAGAGUUCAGGGCCACCCUGAGACUCCAUAGUGAAUUCCAGGUCAGCCUGGGCUACAGUAAGA